AUGACAAACAAUAACAAUUCAACACAUAAAUUAGUAAAUCUUCCACAUAUUCUAUUGUCAAACAUUGUUAAUAAUUUGAAUGAUAAUAUCGACAAGAUUUGUUUUAGUUUAGUUUGUAAAAGAUGGUUUGAUGAUAGAAAUAGAUAUCUAUUGUUUGAUACCAAUAAUUUAUAUUAUAUUUAUAAAGAUAGUUCCAGAAUCACAUUGAAUUCAUAUCGAUCUUUAAUAUUAGAGUCACUUGACAAAAAGAAACAACGUACUAUGUUCAUCACACCAAACAAAAAUUAUCUUUAUCUAUAUGAUCAUUUAAUAGAUCUAGAUUCAAUUGAAAGUAAAGAUGAAAUCGAUCAAAACAUCGUGAAAGUAAUACAAACCACGAAAAUGCAAAAUAGAGAUGAUAAAUCUAAUGUAACUUGUAUAGAAUUGUCUGACUUUAAUGUGAUUGAAGUAGGUGUAUUACCUGAUACAUUGGAGAGUUUAGAGAUUUUUUAUAUCCACCAAAUAUUGGAACCUGGAGUAUUACCGACAUCACUGAAGAUAUUAAGAGUCAUUGGUCUCACACCCAAUAAAUAUCUCAAAGUUGGAUCGUUACCACCAAAUCUAGAGGAAUUCACUCACAAUGGAAUAGAUAUUAUAGAUUUUGGUCCAAACAUACUACCAAAUUCGUUAAUCACACUGGAAAAAGUUCCUGUCUCAUGGAUGAAGUCAAUCAAGCAUCUAGAAAAUCUUAGAUCGCUAAAGUUUUGGACAAAUAUUGGUUGUUUAGAUCUAAGUGAUCUACCGAAAUCACUUACCAGGCUAGAAAUUUCCCACUCAUUAAAGUUAACGUCGGCAUUGCCUACUUCUAUCAGAUAUCUCAGACUUGCCGAUUCAAAUUAUGACAUUGACGAAUUAUUCCCAGAUCGCACACUUUAUCAUUUGGAAUAUCUACAAGUGUCGGCAUUCAAACAAGAAUCACUUGAUGGUUUGGAUAUCAAGAGUUUGUGCCUCGAUAGAGAUUUUGGCUUUCGAGAGAAAUCGGAAACACUCAGAGUCAUUCCAUUUGGUGUUGAAACACUUGAUAUGAGGUUAGCACUCCAGUUCAAACAGGAUUCACUUCCAUCAUCUUUGAAAACACUCGAUGUUAACAAUAUGAACUGUUUCAAACGUCCAGGAAUUAUUCCAAACUCUGUGAAUAAUCUUAUUAUUCGAGAGCGUUGUGAAAUAGAAGAUGGAAUUCUCCCAGAUUCUGUUCAAAACAUUAAAUUGAGAGAAGUUCUAUUUCCAACCAAAAUGGUUGACAACAUUACUAUCCAAAAUUCCAAAGAUAAUAAGUGUUCGAUUCGAAAACUGGAUGAUCAAUAUUACAUUGUUUUUGGUCAUCAAAAUAACCAAUUCAUUGCGAGUCUAUUCCACAAAUCAAUGCUUUUUGACAAAGAAAAUAUUGUAAAAAUAAUUUGUGCUAAAAUGACAAUAAACAAUAACAAUUCAACACAUAAAUUAGUAAAUCUUCCACAUAUUCUAUUAUCAAACAUUGUUAAUAAUUUGAAAGAUAAUAUCGACAAGAUUUGUUUUAGUUUAGUUUGUAAAAGAUGGUUCGACGAUAGAAAUAGAUAUCUAUUGUUUGAUACCGAUAGUUUAUAUUGUAUCGAUAAAGAUAUUUCAAGAAUCACAUUGAAUUCAUAUCGAUCUUUAAUAUCUGAAUCACUUGACAAAAAGAAACAACGUACUAUGUUAGUCACAUCAGGAGAGAUCUUUCUCGGUAUUUAUGAUCAUUUAUUAGAUCUAGAUUCAAUUGAAAGUACAGAUGAACUCGAUCAAAACAUAGAGAAAUUAACAUUGAACAGAGCAAUACUGAUUAGAAGCGAACCAGUUAAACUAUUUACAAAACUUUAUGAUUUGAUUAGUAAAUCUAAUGUAACUUCUAUAGAGGAUUGUCCAACUUUAAAACAUAGAAUACCAAUGAAUAUCACCUCACUGGUUUUCGACCAUUAUUUUAAUGAACCAUUGUUCAAAGGUUGUUUUCCACCAAACUUGAAGAAACUGAAAUUUAAUCACAGUUUCGAUCAGGUGAUCGAAGUAGGUGUAUUACCUGAUACAUUGGAGAGUUUAGAGAUGUUUAAACUCAACCAAAUAUUGGAACCUGGAGUAUUACCGACAUCACUGAAGAUUUUUAGAAUCUGGAAUAUAGCACCCGAUGACUAUCUCAAAGUUAGAUCGUUACCAUCGAAUCUAGAGGAAUUCAUUCACAAUUGCAGUGAUGUUUCUAUCGAUCCAGAAGUACUACCAAAUUCGUUAAUCACACUACAAGAUGUACCUUUGUCAUGGAUGAAGUCAAUCAAGUAUCUCGAAAAUCUUAGGUCCCUAAGGUUAUGUAACAAUCCUGGUUUAUUAGAUCUAAGUGAUCUACCGAAAUCACUAACCAGAUUGGACAUUUCCUACCCACUAAAGUUAAAAUCGGCAUUGCCUACUUCGAUCAGACAUCUCAGUCUUGCCAAUUCUGUUUAUGACAUAGACGAAUUAUUCCCAGAUCGUACACUUUAUCAUUUGGAAUAUCUACAACUAUCGAUAUUCAAAAAAGAAUCACUUGAUGGUUUGGAUAUCAAGAGAUUGUGUUUGGAAUAUUAUUAUAAAGGAUUGGCUCCAGUUGAGACAGAAACACUCAGAUCCAUACCAUUUGGUGUUGAAACACUUGAGAUUUGGUGCGACCUCCAGUUCAAUCUUAAUCCACUUCCAUCAUCUUUGAAAACACUCGAUGUUUACAAUAUGAAAAGUUUCACAGGUCCAGGAAUUAUUCCAAACUCUGUUAAUCAUCUUAUCAUUCACGAGAACGGUUCUCAUAUCGAUAUAGCUGAUGGAAUUAUCCCAGAUUCUGUUCAAAACAUUAAAUUGACAAUAUCUUUAUUUCCAACCACCAAAAUGGUUGACAACAUUACUUUCGAAGAUUAUGAUAAAAACUUUUGGAACAAUUCUUUAGAUCUAAGUGAUAGUAGUUGUUCGAUUCGCAAACUCGAUGAUCAAUAUUACAUCGUGUUUGGCCAUCACAUUUACCAAUUCAUUGCAAAGUCUAUUCCACAAAUCAAUGUUUUUAGACAAAAUUCAAUUGGAAGUAUUCAUGAAAUCGAUCAAAACAUCGGAAAAAUAGAAUAUUUAUUCUUAAAAUAUUUUUUUGUUUUAUCUUUUAAAACAAAAUUUUUUUUGAUUUGCGAUCAUUUCAUCUCAGCUAAAAUGACAAUAAACAAUGACAAUUCAACACAUAAAUUAGUAAAUCUUUCACAUAUUCUAUUAUCAAACAUUGUUAAUAAUUUGAAAGAUAACACCGACAAGAUUUGUUUUAGUUUAGUUUGUAAAAGAUGGUUCGACGAUAGAAAUAGAUAUCUAUUGUUUGAUACCGAUAGUUUAUAUUGUGUCUAUAAAGAUAGUUCAAGAAUCACAUUGAAUUCAUAUCGAUCUUUAAUAUCUGAAUCACUUGACAAAAAGAAACAACGUACUAUUACAGAUGAACUCGAUCUCAACAUAGAGAAAUUAACAUUGAACAGAGCAAUACUGAUUAGAAGCGAACCAGUUAAACUAUUUACAAAACUUUAUGAUUUGAUUAGUAAAUCUAAUGUGAUUGAAGUAGGUGUAUUACCUGAUACAUUGGAGAGUUUAGAGAUGUCUAAACUCAACCAAAUAUUGGAACCUGGAGUAUUACCGACAUCACUGAAGAUAUUAAGAGUCAUAGGUGAAACACCCGACAAAUAUCUCAAAGUUGGAUCGUUACCAUCGAAUCUAGAGGAAUUCAUUCACAAUUGCAGUGAGGUUUCUAUCGAUCCAGAAGUACUACCAAAUUCGUUAAUCACACUACAAGAUGUACCUUUGUCAUGGAUGAAGUCAAUCAAGUAUCUCGAAAAUCUUAGAUCUCUAGUGUUGACUGAUGGUACUGGUUUAUUAGAUCUAAGUGAUCUACCGAAAUCACUUACCAGAUUGGACAUUUUCCACCCACUAAAGUUACAAUCGGCAUUGCCUACUUCGAUCAGACAUCUCAGUCUUGCCGAUUCAAAGUAUGACAUUGACGAAUUGUUCCCAGAUCGCACACUUUAUCAUUUGGAAUAUCUACAACUAUCGGCAUUCAAAAAAGAAUCACUUGAUGGUUUGGAUAUCAAGAGAUUGUGUUUGGAAUAUUAUUAUAAAGGAGUUGAGAUAAAAACACUCAGAUCCAUACCAUUUGGUGUUGAAACACUUGAGAUUUGGUGCGACCUCCAGUUCAAUCUUAAUCCACUUCCAUCAUCUUUGAAAACACUCGAUGUUUACAAUAUGAACUGUUUCACAGGUCCAGGAAUUAUUCCAAACUCUGUUAAUCAUCUUAUCAUUCACGAGAACGGUUCUCACUUCGAUAUAGCUGAUGGAAUUCUCCCAGAUUCUGUUCAAAACAUUAAAUUGUCACAUAUCUUUAUUUCCAAUGAUUGA